GGCAUUUACUGUUUAUCACUGUUAUUGCCAUUCAUGGUCAUCCUGUGAGAUAAAGCUCUUUGUCAGCAUUCACUGCGCCCGAGAGACUAUCCUGUUGCGUCGCAACCGCAUCUCAUUCCCCACCGUCGGUCUCCUGAUGGCGCGGCGACCGUCUUCCACGCCUUCGACUAGCAGAGACAAUCCCAUAUUUAGCACCUAUCCCUUCCACCAGGCCCCACCACUGCCUUGGAUCAGCGCUGCCCGAGGCCCAUACCCGUUCUCAUCGUCGCCUCGCGCUCGUGGUUAUCAACACGUCCAGAAUACCUACCUCAUGCCUGCCAGUCCAGCUGCUGGAGGCCGUCGGGCCAGCGUCGACUAUCGUCCUACCAUCAAGAAAAGCCAAGGCCAGGUCCCGGCGUGCCUGGUAAAUGCCUCGGUAACUCACUGCGGAAACGACCAAAUCUAUGCCUUUGGGGGAUUCGACCAGUAUACCGACGAAGUUUACAAUCAUGUUCUCAGGUUAGAUCUCAAGACGCUCCGAUGGGAGCUGGUGGAUAACUACGGAGACAUUCCCGGGGUUCGCAUGGGGCACACGGCGACUAUUUACCAAGGUGACAAACUGAUCGUAUUUGGUGGAGAGAACGAGCACCGUGAAUAUCUCUCCGAUGUCGUCAUCCUCCAUAUUCCCACCUCCACCUGGACUCAACCCGAGAUUCGUGGCCCGGUCCCAAAGGGUAGAGCGCGCCAUGCUGCCGUAAUCCAUGAAGAUAAGCUCUUCAUCAUCGGUGGGCUAACCGGUGAAAACAGCGUCAUUCUCGACGAUAUAUCAUACCUGGACUUGAAGACGUGGACCUGGUCUCGGACCUGGAGUUUUACGGCCCGUUUUGAUCACACAGCAUGGGUAUGGGGCAACCGCUUAUGGAUCUUUGGAGGAAUUGGCCCGGAGAUGGAGCGCACAACGGAUAUUUGGUGGCUGGACCUCAGUGAUUCUCCGUCCUUCUCAGUUACAUCCUCUCAAGAUUCAGUAUACAAUUCUUCGCCCCAGUUACCAGGUCGCUAUGCUGCAAACUCUGGAAGCGUACAGGUUCGCACACUCAGCCGACGUAAACCCACUGCUCCGGGUGCCAUUUCUUGUCACCGAUUCCAAUCGGGUGCCCACGUGCCCUCUUUUCCCUCCGGAACCCAUUACCAGUUCUACGCUUCUGGUCUGAUGCUUGAUAUCCUGACGCCGUCAGAGACUGUUCGAACGUUCGAAUGCAGUUUGUUGUCCCUGGAGCUCGAUUCGCUGCGCUGGCGGAGAUUGGCAGACGGGCAGGAAAUCUUCACCCCUGGCUAUCGGUGGCAUUACUGCACGGUUGACCCUGAUGGCAAGAAAUUUUGGUUGUUCGGAUGCACCCUCGACGUUACCAAUGCGGCAUUUGAUGACAAUCAUAUGAGCGAGGUGUUCUGCCUUGAUCUUGAAAAGUUCGGACUGGUCGGCAACGAUUCGGCCCAUGACCCAAGUAGGAUGCUGGCAUUUGAACGACAAGGCUCGAUUCCGGUGUCGAAUCUGGGUGCAGACCUCUCUGCAGUUUUCGACAUGCCACCAGAAUCAGGCAGCGGGGCGGAUUUUAUUAUCACGGCAGAUCAAGAUGAUCAGGACGAUGCAGAGAUGUCAGCAGACUCUUCCUCUAUGUCUCAGUCUCAGCCAGCUUUCCUCUCUCCUGACGCAGCUACAUCACCUCCCAUCCACGUCCAUCGGCUCAUUUUACAGCUUCGGUGGCCACACUUCAAAAGGCUGUACGCUGCUCAGAUGGCCGAGUAUCAUACGAACCGAAUGCAUAUUCCAGAACCCUACUCCGUAGUCCGCGCAUUUCUCUACUAUCUAUACACAGAUAGCAUCGCUGGCCAUCCCGAAUACUGCCCCGACGCUAUCGAUGUUGCAGGUAUGCUUGUGAUGGCGAACCUUUAUGACAUGCCCAAACUACGCUUGCUCUGUGUGAACCGGCUGAGCCAUGAGCUUGACGUGGAGAAUGCGGCAGUUGUCUGGGAAAGAGCGGGGAGGACCAACGAGGAAUGGUUGAUGCGACGUGCGGCCCAGUUCUGUCUUUCACACUGGGGGCGCAUCGUCCGGACGGAUGGCUUCAAGAGUCUGAGCAGACAGAGCCUGAUUGAACUAUGCGAGAUGGUCGACAUGGAAGGUCGGGUUAUUGCUGGACCUGAAUUGGAGAUGGUGAGCACAUUUGGGGCAGACAGACUGUCAGCGGAUAGAGAGAAGCGACCGAAGCUAGAAACGGGGGCCACAAAUGACGAAAUGGACGAUUAUGACGGCGAUGAGACUGAAGGAAUGGAGGUUUCCUGACACUCAUGAGACCGAAGGGACGGGAAAUCACGCAUUUGGGGUUUUGUUUCAUUUGUCAUUCUAUGCAAUAUGCAUCUGCCCGGAGAGACAACUUCCUGGCAUGAAAGCGUAAUGCGGAGUUCUGGGGGUUUAUGUCAUGGACACAUUACAUUCAUUUAUGCAUAUCAGUGUAUACUUCACCGGUCAUCUCCAUUAGAUAUAGAUUAUGUUGCAU